AUAAUUAUGGAAUUUGCGAAUAAAGGAAAUUUAAGAAAUAUUUUACAUAAUUUUAAAAAUUUCUUGUGGAAGGAUAAAAUUUACUGGUUACUAAAUGUAGCAAUUGACCUUGAAAAUAUACAUGGAUUAGGAUACCUUCAUAAAGAUUUGCACAGUGGAAAUAUAUUACAAAAAGAUAAAUCAUCAUAUAUUUCAGAUUUUGGGUUAUCUGGUCCAGCAAAUGAACAUAAAUUAAAUGAUAAAGUAUAUGGCGUAUUACCAUAUAUUGCACCAGAAGUUUUGAACAAUGAGCCGUACACACCAUCAUCUGAUAUUUAUAGUUUUGGUGUAAUUAUGGCUGAGUUGUCAUCUGGAAAGCCACCUUUUUAUGAUAAAAAACAUAAUUAU